GAAAAAAAGUAGACAUAAAAAAAUGUAAGUUUUCAAAAAAUGUUAAUCAUGUAUUUGAAAAAUGUUAAAUGUGCAUAUGAAAGAUAUUUUUGUUGUAUAAGAAAAAUAUUGCAUGUGUACCAAAAACACAAUUAACAUGUGUUGAACAAAAAAACUAAAGAAAUCGAAAAAAAAGAAAACCUAUAAAAACAAAAGAAAACGAAAAACGAAAGAAGUCAAUGCAAAACGAAUGGAAAUGGUGAAAGCCUAGAAAAUAACAUAGAAACUGUUGAAAUAUGUGAAAUUAACAAACAAAACCGAAGGAAAAAAUAAAGAAAAAACAGUGAACUAGAAAGAAACAAAGAAAAAAAAAAGUGAAAAAAAGGAAACCCGGUGAGAAAAGAAAGAAAAAAGAAAAAGAAAAGAACCUGGAAAACAAGUGGAAAACCCGACUCGUUUGCCUCAAAUAGCUCGCGCCUCCUAUUUCAUCACGAACUUGAUAAUGGCUCGAAUGGCGCCGGUACCGACAACUGAGGAGACCUGUGAUAUACGCUAAUGGACCGGUCCGUUACUGCAGAUGUUUCAGCCGAGAGCUUAUUUUAUCUCGCCAUAUAAGCGAGAUAUAGCUCGCUUCAGGCGAGAGCUUCUUCUGUUUCGCUGUAAGAAGAUAUAUCUCUUGUGCGAGAUAUAACAUCUGUAUUGGCAGCAUGUCCUCUGAAGUGUAAAUUUAAUCAGCCAUGGGUCUUAGGGCCACUUUUUUUGCUGGCUUCUAGAAUAAGCUGCACCCUACCUAUCUUAUUCUAAAAGCUUAACCAAAUUUAUUUAUUUUAAAGCCUACUAAUUAAGACUUAACUAGUACUAGGCUUAUAAAAAAAUCAGUUGGGCUUCUAGAAAAAUGCCACCAAAGGAACGGGCCCUUAACCGUCUUGCUUGCAGGUGGAGAUGACGCUAGAGGUGAGCAGGCCCAGUUUAUUUGAAUCCGAAGCCGCGUUGCCUCCUCCUACUCUCCUCCGUCUACAAUAAGGAGUACUCUCGUGCAGGGCUGCCUCCCGUCGCCGUCUGCAGCGCGCUUCGAAGCCUUCGCCGCCGUACUGCUCCGACCAUCCUUCUUUCCUUGAUCAAGGACUGACCCACGCACCGAUGGCCUUGAACGAUGGCCUCGCCAGGUUCUGGCUGCAGCAGGAGAGGAACCAGGCGGCUCUAUCCGCCCUUGCCGCAGCCAAAACCUCUUCUUCUUCAUCAUCCACCAGGCCGUCGUCGUCCCAGCAGCAACCCGGUGCAACUCCAUCUCCAAGGCCGGCCGCUAAACCAUCACCGCCAGUUCCUGCCGCCAGACUCUCCGACGAAACGGCGCAGCUAAAAGAGACGGACACCGCCAGGAAGUUGGCCGCCGGAACACGGAUCAGAUUCUCCAAUGACACAACGCGGCUACAGAAGAUCAAUGAAGUGAGGAGGUCCGCCGUCGGAAAACAGAUCAGAGAUGUCAUCACACUGCUCGAGAGGACAAGGGAACCUCUCACGGCGCACCAGAUCAACGAAAAAACCUACGUCGACAUCGACGGCAACGGCGCCGUCGCCGAGAGCCUGAGGAACAACCUCAAGGUGCGCUUCGACGGGAAGCGCUACUCGUACAAGCGCACGCACCACGUCAAGGGCAAAGACGAGCUGCUCUCGCUGAUCAUAAGCUUCCCUGAGGGCCUCCCGGUGUCGGAGGUGCAAGACACCUACCCAACCAUGCUGGAGGAUCUGCAGGCCCUGAAAUCUUCCGGUGACAUCUUUUUGUUGUCGGUUGAGAGAGACAUGAUUGCGUACCCCAACGACCCGAGGUCGAGGAUGGAGGUGGACGCCGAGCUCAAGAAGAUGUUCCACGACAUCAAGCUGCCGGUAGACAUGCUGGACAUCGAGAAGGAGCUCCGCAAGAACGGCGAGAAGCCGGCCACCGACACAGCCAAGAGACGCGCCGCUGAGCAGAUCCACGGCCGGCAACCAGAGCCGGAGAAGGCCAGGAAGAAGCCGCGCGGGAUCACCAGCAGGACCAAGCUCACUAACGCUCAUCUCCCGGGACUCUUCGACUUGCUUGUAGAUAACAAGGACUCAAAAGAUUUCAACUGAUAGAAGAUGUAACUGAUAGAGAUGGACCUGCCAGGCAGGCAAUAUCUAGUGUAGAACUAAUGUUUGCUUCUGAAACUAUGGAGUUACUAUCUAAGACUACAAUCGAGUUUCAAUGGUCAAGAUUGGCUAAUC